AUGAAGUUCAUGAAAGUGGGCCGUGUGGCCAUCAUCACCCGUGGCCGCUACGCCGGUAAGAAGGUCGUCAUUAUCCAGCCCGUUGAUGCUGGCUCCAAGUCGCACCCCUUCUCCCACGCCAUUGUCGCCGGUAUCGAGCGUUACCCCCUCAAGGUGACCCGUGGUAUGGGCAAGAAGCUCGUCGACCGCCGCAGCCGCAUCAAGCCUUUCAUUAAGGUCGUCAACUACAACCACUUGAUGCCCACCCGUUACACUCUCGAGCUUGAGGGUCUUAAGGGUACCGUCACCAACGACACCUUCAAGGAGGUCUCCCAGCGCGAGGACGCCAAGAAGACCAUCAAGAAGGCCCUUGAGGACCGUUACACCAGCGGAAAGAACCGUUGGUUCUUCACUGCCCUGCGUUUCUAA